UUCCCAAAUUAGUGAAAGAUAAUCGCACGAGUAACGGAGUUGGAGUUGCAGUCUCAGCCGUCGUGGUUGCUUCGGUGCCCAGUCCUGUUUAAAAUAAACCAUAUAAAUACCAGUCUUUUUUAGUACAACAAAUAUCCACGGGGGAAAAAAAGGCCCAUAGGCAAAAGAGAGUCGCCACCUCCCAUCUUCCUCCGCCUCCGCCUCCGCCUCCGCACACAUCUCAAGCAUUCCCUUUCUAAGUUAGUGAGGUUUUGAUAGUUCAAUGGAUUAUGAUAUUGAAAACAAUGAAAUGUGGGACUGGCAAGGCACAAAUAUUUGCCUUCAAGAGAAUAUUGAAUCAGCAGGCAUGUCUAAAUGCCUGUGGAGUGAUAUGAAGCAGAAUCAAGAUGUUUCCUACAUAUUCGACAAUGAAAUUACUCCAGUUAAAGACUGUGGAGACUUGGUUUACUACGUCAACAACUAUGAGAUGAGUGAGAAAUUAGAGAAACUUGAGGAGCCUUCUUCGCAAGUAAAGAGGCGUCGAAUGCUGCAGUUUGACUCUGAAGGUCUGAAUACACCAUUUUGCAAUGAAGAUACAUCAUCUUCAUACCUAAGAUCAAAGGAUAAAGAGAAUUCUGCUGAAGAGGCUGUGUCAGAAAAGUCACAUUUGGUUUCUGGAUAUGCAGAUGAUACAUCUGAAUCCGCUUUUGAGGCCUUAGAUCAAUCAUCUGAAGGAUGGCUAGCUAGUUGCUUUACUGAUGCAGACAGCCCUGGUGAUCUCAUUUCUGACGUUCAAAUUGAUAUAGAAGAACUUCUCAACAACGAACCAGAACCUGCAGUAAGCACAAAUCAAUGUCGUCCUGCUCGGACUCAAAGAAAUGUCUUCAGAGGUAGGAAAUCUUACAUCCAGACUCCUGCAAAUUCGGCUUCAACUGUUGCCUACCCCUUUGCCUUCAUCAAACCAUGUGCUGUUCGUGGAGAUGUCACUCUGAAGGACAUUAACCAGAGAAUACACGCUCCACCACCAUCAAAAUUAAAGCAAAGUUAUGACGACCCUGCUGCUUAUCCAACUUCGGCAUUUUCUGGGAAACUGGUGAUUGGCAGCACAAAAAUCCACACCGAAGGAGGAAAAGGCAGCAUUACAAUUAUGAGAACUAAAGGUUGAUGCCGUGAGGCGCUGGAAUCUCUCUGUUUUCGAGUGUUACAUAAACUUAACAGGCCAACCAUUGUAGAGUUAAUUUGAGGUUGUGCUAAACAAUGAGCCAGUGGACCAAUAUUUGCGAUUGGAAUGGGAAAGAAAUCGUAUCCUCUAUAUUCAUUACCAUGUAUACCGGAUAGCACUAUAAAAUCACUUUAAUUAUAGUAUGCAUCAUUCUUGGUUUGCUUGUUUCA